GCAGCCAUAUUAUUAGAGCCCACGGUAGGAAAUUGUCCACUAAUAUGAUAUAAUAUAUAAUCGUACAGCGGUAUAUACCUACCAUUUGGUAGCGUUAUUUAUAUCAAUGCAGAAAUGGAGUCCUGUUUAAGAAAAGAAAGAAAAAGAAAGAAAGAAAACGACAGCACUGACAAAAUGUGUAGUGCCGUAGAGCAAGAGAUAUUAUCAACCAAUAUUCAACAGUUUCAGGUUUUUCAAAAAGAACUAGACGCACGUUAUGACAAAUACGAGAGGAUUGUGAAGUUAAGCAGAGACAUUACGAUCCGAAGUAAACGGGUUAUAUUUCUGCUCCACCGAUGCACUGAAGAGGAAUCUCGAGAAAAAUUGCUUGCGGAAGCAAUGGAAAAAAUUGGCGAAGUUAAAAGAAUAUUCGAAAAAAUUGCACUCGAGCUUCGAAAUGAAGACUCUUUUCAGUUUCAGAAAGCAUAUUCUCCAGGUCUGCAAGAGUUUAUCGAAGCAUAUGGAUUUUGGUAUUUUUUAAAGCAUGGCCGUGUAGUUUCAUUGGAAGAAGUUCGUUAUCAACUUUCUUUUAAGAACAAAUAUGAAGAGGCUGGUCUUAUAAAGCUUACUUCCACUAAUGAUAAAUUAACUACUGGUGAACAAAAUUACAACUCGUCUGUUGCAGAACCAACUACUAAAAAGGUUUGCAGCUUCACCCCUCCUGUUGAAGAGGAUCUUGAAAUAAGCUCACCAUCGGAUAAAUUAAUUGUUGUCAGUCCCCAUGAUGAAGAUUGCAUCAAUGUUGAUGAGGGGAUUGCUGUGAUUGUUCCUUCCACCGAUCAAAUUACAGUUCUCAGGAGCCCUGCAGAUUACAUAUUGGGUAUUUGCGAUUUGACAGGUGAACUGAUGCGUUUAGCAAUAAACAGUAUUGGUCAGGGAAACAUUAAAAGCAUAUGGAAAAUAUGUAAAGUGUUACGUCAAAUCCAUGAUGAAAUUGUAAAGUUGGAAAACAAACUUGUUCAUCGAGGUCUAGCUAAGAAGCUAGAAGUCCUAAAAAACAAUAUGAGAAAAGUAGAAAAUGCUUGCUACACUCUACAGAUCCGUGGUGCCGAAUUGCCAGUAGCAAUGUUGAUUGAUCUAGUAACACCUGACAAAGAACUUAAAGAAUAAAAAACUCUCAAACAUUGAAAAAUAUCGCUAACUUUAUAGUUAUACAAUGUUGCACUAUAUUUCAAUAAAUUUUGCUAUAAUACA